AUGAUUUUCACUUCAACAAAAAACACAAAAUAUGAAAUUGUGAAUGGGAUUUCUUGUUUGGGGACGUCAAGAGGAUGGGCUAAGGUUGAGAAAGUUCUUGUUGAAGGUUUUGCUUUUCUUUUUCUUCUGUCUUCCUUCAUUCAACAUGACACAAUUGUUUAUUUCUGGAAGGCAUUGUUACCUUCAGCAUCAUCACUUUGCCAGACAGUUUCCUACGAAUUAAUCAGCGAGAAAUGCGAGCAUAAGUCGAGAGAUGGAAAGAACAUCACUUUAAGCUGA